AGGGGCCAAUAUUAUUUUUGUUGUGUAGACCGCAGCCCUGUGUGCACUUACCUGUAGGUUUGCUGGGAUAUCGAGCUUUAAGUGUGGAGUUGAAUCAUCUUUUCCUUUAACGCUUGGAGUUUGAGGCUUUUUGUCCAGGACAAACAGAUAGGCAGCAAGGAACUCAGAAACUCAGGGCUCGUACCAGCAGCGGCCUGCAGCAUGUCUGGAUCUAUACCGUUCUACCAGAAGCACCAUCGCCACUAUGACCGCGGCUACCGCAGCAAGGAGACAGAGUCUAAAGUGAGCCAGUACCAGUCCAGCAGCAGAUAUACUGCUGGCGGCAGCAUGUCCGCCACCAGCAGGAGCAGUGGACUUAAAGUGUCUUCACAUUCUGGGCUGGACGCGAGCAGACUGAGCCCUAUACCAAAGAGAGCCAAGCCAACUUACUUGGCUGUGGAUAAAGAGAACCAAAUCAUCGGCUAUGUAGUGCCUGUCUUCAGGGGCAGUCAAGAGUUUGCUACAGGACUUUCGGACACAGAGGAAGCAAGGGUGAGGGACACUGCUGCAUACAUGGCUCGCAGGGAUUUGUUCACCAGUGGCCUGGAGAUGGAGAGGUCAGAGCUGAUCUCCAGGAAGCAGACCAUGCGCGAGUCGGCUGAACGCAUCUCUCUGAACAAAAGGAUCCAUGAACACGAGGAACACUUUAAGCGCAUGAACGAAGAUAGCCUGAUGCAUCCCCCGGAGUUUGUGAUUAAACCACGCUCCCACACCGUGUGGGAGAAGCAGUGCGUGCGGCUGCAUUGCACUGUCAGUGGCUGGCCCGACCCCCGGGUCGUAUGGUACAAAAACAAUGUGGCAAUUGACCCUCUUUCCAACCCUGGCAAGUAUAAACUUGAGAGCAGAUACAGCGUGCACUCACUGGAGAUUAACAGAUGUGAUUUUGAUGACACAGCGCAGUAUCGUGUCUCUGCAAUGAACUCCAAGGGAGAGCUGUCUGCUUUUGCCUCCAUCGUUGUUAAGAGGUUCAAAGGUGAAAUUGAUGAGUCCCUGCCAGCACCCAGACAUGGCCCAGUGUCUGAGUAUGGCAUCACCUUCCAGACUCACAUUGUUGAUAGGUUUGGUGUAUCAUUUGGAAGAGAGGGGGAGACCAUGAGUCUGGGAUGUACGGUCAUCAUUUACCCUGCCCUGCAACGCUACCAGCCAGAGAUCCAGUGGUACAGAAAUGAUGCUCUGCUGUCUCCUUCUAAAUGGAACCACAUGCACUGGAGUGGAGAUCGAGCCACACUGACGCUCACACACCUCAACAAGGAGGACGAGGGGCUCUACACUCUGCGUGUCACCACCAAGUCUGGUUAUGAAACCUACUCAGCCUAUAUCUUUGUCAGAGAUUCUGAUGCUGAGGUUGAAGGUGCCCCUGGUGCCCCUCUGGAUGUGCGCUGUCUUGAUGCCAAUAAGGAUUACAUUAUUGUCACCUGGAAGCAGCCAGCUAUCGAUCGUGGCAGCUCCAUCUUGGGCUACUUUGUGGACAGAUGUGAGGUUGGAACCAACCACUGGAUCCAGUGCAAUGACACUCCGGUAAAGUUUGCCCGUUUCCCCGUCACUGGUCUGGUGGAGGGCCGUUCCUACACCUUCCGCGUGCGUGCUGUAAACAAGAGUGGCAUGAGCCGCCCGUCCAGGGUCUCUGAGCCGGUGGCUGCCAUGGACCCGGCUGAUCGCGCCCGCAUGAGAGGUACCUCUGCUCCCUGGACUGGCCAAAUCAUUGUCACAGAGGAGGAGCCUGCAGAGAGCAUUGUCCCUGGCAGACCUCUUGAGCUGCAGGUGACAGAGGCAACCAAGAACUACGUGGUGCUGAGCUGGAAGCCACCUGGAGGGAAAUGCCUUGAGGGGGUCAUGUACUAUGUGGAAAAGUGUGUCUCGGGCACAGACAGCUGGCAGAGGGUGAACACAGAGAUCCCGGUCAAAUCUCCUCGCUUUGCACUGUUUGAUCUCGCCGAGGGGAAAUCCUACAGCUUCCGCGUCCGCUGCUGCAACUCUGCCGGUGUCGGCGAGCCAUCUGACCCAACUGAGUCCACCACUGUUGGCGACAAGCUUGAUAUCCCAUCUGCCCCAGGCAAAGUUGUCCCAACCAGAAACACGGACACAUCAGUUGUUGUGUCUUGGGAAGCGUCCCGUGAGGCCAAAGAGUUGGUGGGAUACUACAUCGAGGGGAGUAUUGUGGACAGCAAUGUGUGGGAGCCGUGCAACAACAAGCCUGUAAAUGCCACCAGGUUCAUCUGCCACGGUCUGAUGACAGGAGAGAAAUACGUGUUCAGGGUGAGGGCAGUGAACGCAGCAGGGCUCAGCCAGUUCUCCCAGGAGUCUGAGCCUGUGGAGGUUAAGGCUGCUAUUGCCUCCCCUGCUCCACCCUAUGGCAUCAGUGUCCUGGAGUGUGUGCGCGACUCCAUGGUGCUGGCCUGGAAACAGCCGACCUUCAUCGGCGGUGCUGACAUCACCGGCUACUUUGUGGAUUACCGUGAGGUCAUCGAUGGCGUGCCGGAGAAGUGGCACGAGGCCAACAUCAGGGCUGUCAGCGAGAGGGCCUACAGGGUGUCUGAUCUGAAGGAGAAUAGGAAGUACCAGUUCCAGGUGCGGGCGGCCAAUAUGGCAGGUGUCGGCAUCCCGUCACUGCCCAGUGACACCUUCCUGUGCGAGGAGUGGACCAUUGCCGUGCCAGGACCUCCUCACGACCUGCAGAUCAGAGAGGUGAGAAGCGACUCUCUGGUGUUGCUAUGGAAACCACCUGUGUACCAGGGCCGUGAUCCUGUCAACGGCUUCUACGUCGACAUCAAGGAGGCGGACGCACCAGAGGAGGCGUGGAGAGGGGUCAACAAUAAGGCUACGGAGAAGGCGUAUCUCAAGAUUAAGAAUCUGAAGGAAACAGAGACGUAUGUGUUCCGUGUGCGCGCUCAGAAUAAAGCCGGAGUUGGAAAAACCUCAGAUGUGACAGAGCCGGUCCCAGCUCUGACCAAACCAGGCACCAAGGAGAUAGUUGUGGAUGUUGACGAUGACGGUAUCAUCUCCAUGAACUUUGAAUGCUGUGACAUGACCGCCGACUCCAAAUUUGUGUGGUCCAAGAACUACGAGGAAAUGACAGACUUCUCCCGCCUGACCGUAGAGACCAAGGGAAACAAGUCCAAAGCUGUUUUCCAAACUCCAGGGGAGGAGGACAUUGGCAUUUACUCAUGUCUUGUCACCCACACUGAUGGUGCUUCAUCCAGCUACACUCUCUCUGAGGAAGAGUUGAAAAGGCUGCUGGAGAUCAGUCACGAACACAAAUUUCCCAUUAUUCCCCUGAAGUCAGAGUUGGCCGUGGAGCUGCUGGAGAAGGGCAGAGUUCGCUUUUGGCUGCAGGCAGAAAAGAUGACAGCUAGCGGCAAAGUGGAUUACGUCUUCAACGAUAAUGCUCUCUCUCAGGGGGAGAAAUACAAGAUGAACUUCGACAAGAACACCGGCGUGAUUGAGAUGAUCAUGGAGUCUCUCACCCCGGCUGACGAGGGCACCUUUACCUUCCAGUUGCAGGAUGGGAAAGCUACCAACCAGUCCAGCUUGGUACUGAUAGGAGACGUAUUCAAGGAGUUGCAGAAGGAAUCAGAGUUCCAGAGGAAAGAAUGGUUCAGAAAGCAAGGUCCUCACUUUAUCGAGUAUUUGGGUUAUGAGGUGACACCAGAGUGCUGCGUUUUGCUGAAAUGCAAGGUUGGCAACAUGAAGAAGGAGACCUCAGCGCUGUGGUACAAAGACGGACGUGAGAUCAAAGCAGACGAGCAUCUCGGCUUCACCGAGGGAGUGCUGAAACUGGAAAUUGCUCAGCGCGACUCCCCCGCAGACACAGCAGACUAUGUCGACAGCCUAAUCUGGAGAAGACUAAAAAUCUCCAAGAAAGAUUCUGGCGUGUAUAAGGUUGUUCUGAAGGAUGACAGAGGAACGGACACUUCCGAAUUGAAUUUGACAGAUCAAGGUUUCAAAGACUUGAUGAAUGAAGUUUUCAGUUUUAUCGCCAAUUCCUCCACUCCCCUUAAGAUCACAAGCACAGAAACAGGCAUCCGACUCUACACAUUUGUCAGCUACUAUAACGAUUUACUCCAAGUGACAUGGCACUACAAGGAUUCAGCCAUCUCCUUCUCUGACCGUAUAAAGAGUGGUGUGGUGGGAGAGCAGCUGUGGCUGCAGAUCACAGAGCCCACAGAGAAAGACACGGGCAAGUAUGCCAUUGAGUUCAACGAUGGGAAAGGUGGCCUGAGGAGGACUGUUGAGCUGUCUGGUCAAGCAUUUGACGACGCUUUUGCAGAAUUCCAGAGACUCAAAGCUGCUGCUAUUGCAGAAAGAAGUCGUGCUCGAGUAGCAGGAGGUCUGCCUGAUGUGGUCACUAUACAGGAGGGCAAGGCCCUCAAUCUCACCUGCAACAUUUCGGGCGACCCCAUACCGGAGGUCACCUGGCUGAAGAACGACAGGGAAAUAACGUCCGACGACCACUGCAUCCUCAAGUUCGAGUCAGGCAAGUUUGCCAGCUUCACCAUCACCGCCGUGAACACAGCGGACUCUGGCAAGUACAGCAUCCUGGUGAAGAACAAGUACGGCACAGAGAGCGGGGACUUCACCGUAAGUGUCUUCAUCCCCGAAGAGGCGGGCGGCAAGAAAAAAUAAAAGCGGUCCAAAUCUUGUCGUAAAUAUGUAUAAAUGAAAAACACUGGAAACAGUUAAAGGAAGAAAAAGGCUUGAGGGUGUGUUAGAUGUUUUGUGUAGAAUAUAAACUCUAGAGGUGCUGAAUCUGAAAUGAAAUGUCCGAACAGUUCAGAGAGGAUAUCCAGAGUGUGAGUUGUAACUUAAAAACUAAAUAAAUACGUCCUCAUUUGGUCCAAUGAUAACAAAUCUGAACCUAAAAAAUGCAUUUGUGACAUCAUGUCCACUCAAAAAUGUUACUGGUGCAAUUGAACUUUGUGUUUGUGUAAAGUUGAGGCAUGCAGGGAGAUAAAUCACUCUGUUUGCUUAAGAAGAAAGAAUUACUUGACAAUAUAAAAACCAAAGAUAAUAGUUUUAAGAAAUGUUGUGUUGAUAGGAUGCAACGCUAAGUCAUGGAAAAGAAAUCAUGAAGUUAGUGUGGAAUGUAUAUUAAAAAAGCCAUAUGAAUACAUGUUUUAUCCCAUUUGCUACAAAUUAAACUGACUUUACUGCCAACCAGUUACAAUAACAUUAGAUUGAUCCAUACAUUUUCAGUAAGUCAGUCAACAAUUUAUACUUUAUUAAAAUAUGGAAAGCAUUUUGCAGAGACCUGAAACAUGCUUGAAAUACAUGUGAAGUCAUGAUUAACAGUCAUAAGUCAUAAUUUUUUUUGUUAAUCACAAACAACAAGCAUGUGUCAGGUUGGUGCAUUCAAGUGCUAAAGGGGAUUUGGAACACAUGGGUUUUUAAUUUAUGCAUUGUUUUAGUUGAAUUACCAAAUAACAUCUUACAAAAAUCGAGAAAUUAUGGUGUUCAAACAAUGUUCAUGUCGCUGCAUUUGGCAGUUAAAAUGUUGUUUAGUGUUGCAAGAGCUUAGACCUAAGGGCUUUUAGGAUAAGGACUUGUUGAUAACUCUUCCACAUAUUCAAAUGGUUCUGUCAUACAAAGAGUAGGAGAGAGCUGCUGAUGUUACCCAAAGCUUUGACAGCAUCUAGGCCAUGUGUGGAUAUAAAAGCAUUACAUAGUGGAAAUGCUAGUCUAGUUACGAUACCCUCCUUAGCCUGGGAAGUAACGCUUGGCUAUGUAACGACUGUAGGUAGUAAGUUAGAUAGCUGAACAUGCUUAGAAAUUCUUUAAAUGCAUUAAAAACACAUGGGUUGAGCUAAAAACACAUUGUAUGCUUUUCAAAAUAAAACAAUAGAAGUGCACAAAAUGUGUUGCAAAUGGGCUAAAACAUGAUCCUUCAAUGUAAUGUGCCAUUUCAUCAGAUUUUACAUUCAGUCCUGUUUUAUUAUUAUUAUUCACAAUAAUUUGAAUGUUGUGAUCAUGACAUCACUUCCAUUGUCUCCCUGUCUGUAGUGAACACUGUCUGUUUGCCCACUUUCGUUAUUGUUAUUCAUGUUAUUCACCGUUGUUAUGACAUCCCCUUCACACUCUAUCAUUAAUGAUUAUGAUGCCUCCUUUAUUCAUGAUUGUGAUGAUAACGACGCCAUUGUAAGAGUCUGUUAGAUCACUUAGUCAUUAUUGCAUCACUUCCUAUUCCCCUGUUUCUCAAUGAGACUAAUAAAAAUGAGCAUGUACCUCCCCCA